AUUUAAAUUUUCACAAAGAAUCAAAUCAGUGAAAGAUAGUAUAUAACUGUUUUUAUACUCUUAUCUUUUGGAUUUGAGAAUUGCUUUGAAUGUUGGAAUAACAGUCAAAUGUUCUUCCCCAAAGCUUUCUACAAGCUUUAAUUCUUGAUGUAGUAUUUUACAAAAAAAAGUGCUUUCGGUUCAUUGUGGUAUGUUUUGAUGCAGCAAUAUACUUUUGGGUAGGACCUGCCCUUACAAUAUAAAUUUUUUUUUUGAUAGAGUGUACCAGAUGAUUGGUUCAAUUAGAGGGUGAGGUGGCACUACGAGAGUCAAGACAUUGAAAUUGUAUUAAAUUUACAUGUUAAUGAUAUUAUAAUUUUUUCUAUGGUUUUUCCCUCUUAUCUAUUUCAACAAGCAUUUGUUUUUUCUCAAAUAUGACUCAAAUUAGAUCUGCUAUACGUAAUAUUUUGUUUGGUUUUAUAUUUUCCAGUGAGCUAAGUGUUCACCAGUGAGAAGAUCAGAAGCCACAGACAUGGUCUCCGUGACUGAGACAGAGGUUAGGUUCACACCAAGCAGUCGAGGAACAGAAGAGGGCGCUGUAGAGGUGACUGUCAAAGGAUCUAGCAACAUGCCAAGCACUAGGAGACAAAGCUCUGAGAGCAGCAGAAGGUCCCUGAGUGGACGCUGCUGCCCAAAGCUCUUUGAGCGUGCCUCAGGGAGCUGGUGGGAUCCCAAGUUCAACCUUCCCAUUAUUGAGGAACAGUUUCAAAGGCAGUCGUUCCCUCAGCUCAAGAAGCGGUUCCGCUAUGCAGUAGGGUAUGCUCUUCUAGCUUGUAUAACAUGGAUGACUUAUAUACCUAUCAAUAUGGGCAACAUGGAGCAGACGUGUGACUGGAUUAUUUUUGAAAUAGCACUUGGGUGUAUGGUCGGGGUUUGUAUAGCUCUUAUAGCCUUCACAACUUGUAGGUAUUAUAGGGACUAUGUAAUGCACACUUCGCUUGUCUUUAUAGUAGUCGUAUGUGGACUUACUCUAGCUUCAUUUGCGUCUUUCACCAAUGAUUGCGAAUGCGAUAAUAGAGUGAUUAGUACUGUUGCGACGUUUGCGGUAUGCGUUGAGAUGAUCUUGAUGACAUAUACCGUGAUACCAUUACCAUUUCUAUACUCAGUGUUUACUAUGAUGUUGUUUUCAUUCGUGUAUGAGGUCUUAUUCUUCACCACCGCACUACAGCCGGAUGAAGUGAAUGCAACGCAUGUGUUCACCAAGCUGUUCCUUCACUUGUGUAUCCACAUGAUGGGCAUGCAUAUUUUCUUUAUGUCUCAAGUGCGUAACCGUAGUACAUUCUUGAAGGUUGUAGAAACUGUUGUUGCCCAGAACCUGCACAAACGGGAGAAGCAGAUCAAGGAGGCUACCAUCCAAUCUCUUAUGCCUGACAUUAUUGCCAAAGAGCUACUGAAGGGUCGAGAGUCUAACCCCGAAGUCAAGCCUCACAAGGGUCGUAAGCAGUCUUCUGAACCCAUCUUCCGACCCUUCUACAUGAAUCGCAUGGAGAAUGUUAGCAUCCUGUAUGCCGACAUCGCUGGGUUUACCAAGAUGAGCGCAAACAAGAGUGCAGAGGUUCUUGUUGGUCUUCUCAACAACCUAUUCGGCCGCUUUGACCACCUCUGCAGGAGGCACAACUGUGAGAAGAUCUGUACCUUGGGUGACUGCUACUACUGUGUGUCCGGAUGUCCUGUGUAUAGGGAGGACCACGCCCAAUGUUGUGUUGAAAUGGGUCUGAGCAUGAUCGAAGCUAUCAAGGAUUUCUGCCAAGAGACAGGAGAGAAGGUCAACAUGCGCGUUGGGAUUCAUACUGGCACUGUGCUCUGUGGCAUUGUGGGUAAUCGUCGCUUCAAGUUUGAUGUGUGGUCCAAUGAUGUAACCAUUGCUAACAAGAUGGAAGCUUCUGGCCAGCCUGGGAAAGUUCACGUAUCUGCAGAGUCUGUCAAGUUUCUUGGAGAGAGAUAUGUCUUGGAUGAAGGCAAUGCAGACAAACAUGCUCUUCUCAUUGGUAAGUUCAAACUUAACAUUUCUCUCUCCUCUACAACUUCAUUAAUAUUUUCCCAUUACUUCCUUAGUUUGGUUUCUAGUUUGCUGCAUAGAAGCAUCAUAUUUAUGUAUCACUAUCAGCUCAAAUACAUAUCUUGUAGGGGUAGGCGGGGUAAGUUGAGCAUAGGGGCAAGUUGAGCCACCACCCCCAGGCCAAUAAUGAAUGAGUCAGACAUCGUGGUGGUGUCAUGCAUGGAUGACCCAUUACAUAACCCUUAAUCCCACCACAUUGUUUUCAACUUUGAAACAGAAAUUACUUUUUAGAGGGAAAAUAUGAAUUUCAUCCAAAAAAGUAAAAAAGGGUGUGAAAUAGAUCAGUGCUUUUUACCCGCACACGUCUUUAAAUAUAAUAAAGAAAUAAGAACAAUAUUGUUAGUCCAGGUAUGGAUUCUCAUUCUUGUCAUAGUCUUUUACAUGAUGAAUGCAUAAGAAAUGUGUGGAUGUGAAAAUACCACAUUAAGUUCGGACUGGGGUAAUUUGUGCCAGCCAACAUGGGGCAAGUUGAGCCAUGGUAAUUCUUAUGG